UAAAAUUGCAGAGAAAGACAAUGAAUAAAACCAACUUGUCUACUCGUAAAUCGUAAUCUCCUAAGCUAUAACAACGCCCUCUCUCUCUCUCCCUCCCUCUCUCUCUCUCUCAUGGCAACUUGUUUCGCUCCGUUCUCCGUUUCAGGUGGAUCUCAUGAGCUGUGGUUAACAAAGCGAGUUGGACCUAAGCUCACUGUUCAAAGGAGAUCAAACCUUGUGAUCAAGAGGAACCACACUUCUUCAAUUAGUGCAGAAUACCGUGAUAAUAGAGGAGGUGGAGGUGGGGAUUUUGUUGCUGGCUUUCUUCUGGGUGGUGCAGUUUUUGGAACUCUAGCUUAUAUCUUUGCUCCCCAGUUUGUGAUGCAGAUCAGAAGAUCUCUGCUAAACGAAGAUGAGUAUGGGUUUCGCAAGGCCAAAAGACCAAUAUAUUACGAUGAAGGGUUAGAGAGGACCAGGCAGACCUUGAAUGAGAAGAUAGGCCAACUAAACUCUGCCAUUGAUAAUGUAUCUUCGCGUUUGAGAGGUGGCAACAACGUACCUGCUGCAAAGAUAGAAAGUGAUCCUGAGGUGGAAGCAACCAUGUGAGACGCAUUCAGUUUGAUACUGUGGUCGAUGAUGUUUUAAAUUGGUGGAAAUAUAAUGAAUUGAAAAUGAAAUCUCUUCUUUUUUUUGACGGUUUGAAGGAUAAAAUCUUGCUGGGACUAAUGUAGUUUUUCUAAAGACUGGACUAAAUAGUUAAAGCUGUCAAAUUUUUACCUUCCCCCCCAUCCCCCCUUUAAUAAUGGAUGAUUUUUGUUUCUGUGCAUGAUGCAAUUUGGAA